UCCUCUUCAACUACUAACAAUAUUAAAUCCUCCUCCUCAAUCACCAACAAUGCUUCUAAACCAUCCUCUUCAACCACUAACAAUACUUCUAAAUCAUUUUUGGCAAAUGAUUUCUCUUCAAAAAAAAAUGAAAAAAGACCUAUUCAAACACAUAAUGAAGAAGAUAAUGAAAUAAUUGAAUCUUCAACUAGAAGAAUAGAAAGUUCAUUAAAAAAAGGAAACAGACCUAUUCAAACAAACAAUAAUGAAGAUGAUAUAAUUAAAAUUUCAACUACAAGGCAAGAAGAUUCAUCAGCGAAGCUAUAUUUUACUAUUGUUACUAUUUUGUCUAAAUCUUUUUUAUUAGCUUUUUUACCAGAAGAUAAUUAUGGGUUUUCUGAAGAUUUUUUAUCAGAUAAUCAAGAAGUUGAACCAAUUCUAUCACAAAAAAUUAACCAAAUUCCAGUAACAUUUAAUAAUAUGGAUGAUGUCUUGGAAGUGUGCAAUUGGCUAAUUAAGCAUCCACAUGUAUUAAAAUUAGCUAGCCAAAUGGAAGGUAAAACAACAUCUUCAUUAACAAAUAAAAAUUUAAAAAAUUAUAGUAAAGAAAAAGUGGUUAAUGAUCUCCUAAAGCAUUACAUUUCAGGAACAAACCAAGCUGAACUUCAAAAGUGUGGAUCACUAGGGAAAUUGACAACUUUUAAUCAUGAAAUGUUUCAUAUUCACUGGAGAGGAAAAAAUAUUGCUCAAGUUAAAACCUUGGAUAAUAUUACAAAAAAUAUGCAUGUACCUUCAAGAAGCGGCUUAAAUAUUGCAAGCAAACUUACUAUUAAUUAA